AUGAUCUCUCCUCAGACCCUCAAAGUCGCCAUCGUGGGAGGUGGCCCCGGAGGCCUCGCCGCGGCGAUUGCCCUAUCGGAGCUGCCGUAUGUGUCGGUUACGCUGUAUGAGAAGAACCCCGAGCCUCGAGAGGCCGGGGCCGGAAUCAGCCUCAGCACGAACGCCUGGCGCAUUCUUGAUCUUCUCGGAGCGGCCGAUGGAGUCAAGGGAGGGUCUAAGGCAAACACGCAGCAGAGGAACGGCUACAAUGGCAAUAUACUUAAAGUCAUCAAGAACCCGGAACACUCGGACAAAGACCGACGAGGGGCGAUCAGAGCGCGCAGGACUCGGCUUCAGUCGGCCCUUCUGGCCAGGGUUCCUCAAGGAGUCAUUCAGUUCAGCAAGAAGCUGAAGGUCCUCGAGAAUCUCGAGGCCGGAGGGGUACGCUUGGUGUUUGACGAUCAGACAGAGGCGAUUGCCGACCUCGUUGUCGGGGCCGACGGAAUGCAUUCGGCUGUGCGGCGAACAAUAUUUCCUGACCACCAACUCCGCUUCAAUGGCAUGACGGCCUGGCGUGUCAUUGUCCCCCUUUCCUCCAUUGCCCAUCUCACCGACAUCACCCAAGCGACGGCCUGGUGGUGGGGGGACGGCGGUCACGUAUAUUUCUCCCCUGUCGACGAUGAGUCAGAGACCGACGACCCGUUGUUUGAAAUCACCCUGCGAUCCUACCAUGAACCAGAAAUCCCCGGCCAGACCGUGAUCUGGGGCGUCCCCGCCACCAACGAGAAGGUGGCCUCGAGGUAUACGAAAUACGAUCCGAGAGUCCGAGCGGCAAUCGCGUCCGUUCCGGAGGGCCAAUGGAGGGAAUUCGCCAUGUUUGCCGGCCCUCGUUUGGAGAAUAUCAUCGCAUGGGACAAGGUCGCCCUGGUUGGAGAUGCCAGUCAUCCGCUCACAGGGGCCUUUGGCUCGGGAGCUACGUUUGCCAUGGAAGAUGGUUGGAUUCUGGCUCGGGCCAUCGAGCACGUCAGGGCCUCUCCGACCCGUGUCAAAGAUGCGCUUGAGAUCUUUGCCGAGAUCCGAGAACCUUUCUAUACAAGAGCCUUUGACUGGCUUGACAAACGAGGCGCCGAGACCAAACAACUCCAGGCAGACAACAAAGACUUGGACUUCGAAUCGGCGGUGAGAGGUCGACUGGACAGGUUUUUCGGAUCAGAAAAUGAGCUGAAUUGGAUUUACAAGAACGACAUUGCGCAGGUCUGGAAGAACUAUUUGGAGAAAAAGCCGGAAUUGUACCUCCCUUAG